AUGAAAAGAUCUAUUGGGAAAAAGCUCUUGCCCAUAAAAGACGCUAACAACCUGAAUUUGAGCUUUUUCAGGAAGCUUUUACGAUCUUUUAGCAUCUCGUCUUCAUCGAAUGUGUGGCAUGAUGCACAUGCUUGGGAGAAAAUGGGUUAUCUUUCCACUAAAAACUAUUUGAAUGUCUCGCAUGCAUUGCAUCAGGUCCUCAAGCUGGCUUUGGCUGGCCACCGGAGGGAUGACAGAGGGUUCUGGGAAGGUUGCUCCAAUCGUAGGGGGAAGUGGAACGUUCACGGGCGCCACUGCUUGAGGCACAUUCAGACCGGGAACUCCGUCCGCAGAGAGGGGGACGCUGAACUGUACGAUGCAGACAGUGGGAAGUUGGGGUUGUUCCUCAGAGGUGUUUCGGUGAACUCCGCCGUGUACGCCUUGACCCUUCAGUCCGAGAGGCAUUUGAAACGGGCUCUAACUGUUGAGGACUUGGCUUGCGCAGCCCACACCGAUCUGAGGGAAGCUCGUGACCAAAUCUAUCGGCUGGAGAGCAAUUCUUUAGCUCAAAAGAAUGUCAUUGAGGCGCUGAUGGCGGAGAAGGAGGAGCUGACACGUGAGAGGGAUGAGCUGAAGAGCGAGGGUUUUAAUGAGACUGUUACUAAGACUUUGAGAACUAGUAUCCCAUCUAAUGCUCAUGCCAGAGCCUUGAUGGUGACGUGUUCUUCUCCCAACGAAUUUGAAUUCAGAGCAACUCUAGAGGGUCUUCAGUUGGCAAAAUCAUUCUCCGUGAACUCGAUUAUCAUAGAGAGUGAUGCACAGGUUGCUAUCCAGGUUUUCUCUUCAGAUCUGGAACCCCCUAGAAAUCUCUUUUUCUCAAUAAUCUCUCGCGUUUCUGUCCAUGGAAGAUGUCUUCACGACCAGGAAUUGCUGUUGCUCCAGUUAAAGGGAAACCUUUCUUUCUCCACUGCUGUUUCUAUUGCUCCUGCUUCUGCUUCAAAUCUUUCCUCCUGGAAUGCAAGCGAUCACAGUGACUGUUGUUAUUGGGAAGGUGUCUACUGCGACGCGGACGGCCAUGUCAUCGGUCUCGAUCUCAGCAGCAAAUUGAUAUCAGGGGGAAUUGAUGAUUCUAGCAGCCUCUUUAAACUUCACUACCUUGAGGACUUGAACUUAGCUUACAAUACCUUCAACGCUUCUCGGAUUCCGUCUGGGUUUAGCCAGCUCCUCAACUUGACUUCUCUUAACCUGUCCAAUUCAGGUUUCGCAGGGCAGAUUCCGAUUGAGAUCUCACGUUUGACAAGGUUGGUUUCCCUUGACCUCUCUAGCUUAUUCACUGGACAGACAUCAUUGAAACUUGAACAACCGGAUCUUAGAGCGCUUGUGCAGAACUUAACAGGGUUGACAACUCUUUGUCUCGAUGGAGCAAACAUUUCAGCGCAGGGGACUGAAUGGUGCUGGGCCGUAUCCUCCGCACUCCCUAACCUGCAAGUGCUGAGCUUGUCAAAUUGCCAUCUUUCAGGUCCUCUGGAUUUAUCCCUAUCAAAUCUUCGUUCUCUCUCAGAUAUUCGCCUUAACCUGAAUAACAUUUCCAGCAAUGUACCUGAGUUCUUUGCAAGCUUCACGAAUUUGACAUCCCUGCAUCUUAGCUCCUGUAGGUUGAUUGGAGAAUUCCCAGAGAAGAUUUUCCAGCUAUCAAAGUUGCAAACCUUUGAUUUAUCCCUCAAUCCCCUUCUCAGCGGUUCUUUCCCGGAAUUUCCUGAAGCCUCGUCAUUUCAAAACAUGGUUCUCUCUCACACAAGUUUCACUGGGGCAUUGCCGGUUUCUAUUGGGAACCUCAAGUUCUUGUCCAAGUUAGAGAUCGAUGGUUGCAAUUUUUAUGGGUCAAUUCCAUCUUCGUUGGUUAACCUUACUAAACUUGUUUCUCUGGAUUUCUCGUUUAACAAUUUUACUGGACCAAUUUCGGGGUUGCCUGAGAAUCUCACCCAAAUUAACCUUUCAAAUAAUCGUUUAAAUGGUUCUAUGUCAUCCUUUCGUUGGGACAAACUUGUGAAACUUGCGGAUCUUGACCUGAGAAGGAAUUCGCUCAGCGGGACAAUCCCCUUGUCUCUUUUUACACUCCCAUCUCUGCAGAAGUUACAACUCGCGCAUAAUCAACUUGUUGGUUCACUGAGUGGAUUACAUAAUGCAUCUUUGGCACCUCUGGAAACAUUAGAUCUGAGUAGCAACAAGUUGGAAGGACCGAUCCCACCAUCAAUUUUUCAGUUCCAGGGUCUUAAUAUCCUCGCACUUUCUUCCAACAAAUUCAAUGGCACUGUACAGCUCGAAAUGAUUCAGAAACUCAAUAACCUUUCGAACCUUGACCUUUCAUAUAGUGGAUUGGUUUUUAACACGAGUGCUAGCAAUUCCACCUUGUUACCAUUCCCUCAAAUUGGCACAUUGAAGUUGGCUUCUUGCAAUCUGACAGAAUUCCCUGAUUUCUUGAAAACAAACCAGUCGAUAUUGAGUCAUCUAGACCUUUCUGCUAACAAAAUUCAGGGAGUAAUCCCAUCUUGGAUUUGGAAUAUUAGUAAUGGGGUUCUGAUUCAUCUAAAUCUUUCUUAUAACUCCUUGGCGGGCCUAGAGCAACCAUUGCCGAAUCUUAGUUCUAGUUCGUUGGCCAUCAUCGACCUUCAUUCCAAUCUGCUCCAAGGAUCAAUCCCAAUUCUGUCAUCAGUUGCUACCUACUUGGACUACUCAAACAAUAGGUUCAACUCCUCCAUACCAAGCAACAUCUCCUCCUACCUCAUGUACACUAUUUUCUUCUCCCUUUCCAGCAAUAAACUCGUUGGAGAAAUCCCUGAAUCAAUAUGCAAUGCCGGUUAUCUGCAAGUUCUUGAUCUGUCUAAUAACAGCUUGAGUGGCACGAUCCCCUCCUGUUUGGGUAGCGUUUCCAAGACACUAAGGGUACUGAAUCUUCAUGGGAACAACUUUUCUGGAAGUAUACCUCAGACGUUUCCGGAUGGCUGUAGCUUGAGGACGCUCGAUCUCAACGGGAACAGACUAGGAGGGCGUGUCUCAACAACUCUUGCCAAUUGCACAAUGCUAGAGGUUCUGGACCUUGGGAACAAUCAAAUAAAUGAUACCUUCCCCUUCUGUUUGGUGAAGUUGCCUCAACUGCGGGUCCUUGUUUUACGGUCCAACAACUUUUAUGGUUCCAUUAUCAAUAAUAGUCUAGAGGCAAAUCACACAUUCCCAAUGUUGCAGAUCAUCGACCUUUCUUCGAAUAAAUUUAAAGGUUAUUUGCCCUCAGGUUGCUUUUUGAGCUGGAAGGCAAUGAAGGUUGAGGAGGAUGAAACCCAGUCAAAGUUUAAGCAUGACGAAUUGAAAUUCAGGUUCCUGGAAUUCAGUCAGGGGGGGUUCUAUCAGGACACAGUGACGGUUACUAGUAAAGGGUUGGAAAUGCAGCUGGUGAAGAUCUUAACCAUCUUCACUUCCAUUGACUUGUCAAGCAAUGAAUUCGAGGGGGACAUCCCGCAAGUGAUAGGAAACCUCACCUCACUCUAUGUUCUCAACUUGUCACACAAUGCUCUGUCAGGUCCAAUCCCGUCGUCUCUUGGGAACAUUAAACAACUGGAGUCGUUAGACCUCUCAGAUAACAUGUUGACUGGGGAAAUCCCUUCAGAAUUGGCGGGCCUUACAUUUCUUUCAUAUUUGGACCUCUCAUGGAACAAUCUUGUGGGGAUGAUACCACAAGGAAGUCAAAUGCAGACAUUUACAGCAACUUCUUUCCUAGGGAAUUUAGGUUUGUGCGGGCCACCGCUGCUGAAAAAUUGCACUGUUUCUGAGAAUUCAUUGCCACAGCAGCGGUUAUUGGAAAAAUCUGGGGUUAAGUUUGAUUGGGAAUUUAUAUCAACUGGAUUGGGAUUUGGAGGAGGAGCAGGAGUGGUUGUUGGGCCCCUAGUGUUUUGGAAGAGGGGAAGGAAAUGGUAUGACGAACAUGUUGAUAGGCUUCUGUUCAUGAUUCUUUCAUGGUUGGGAUUGGUUUUUGCCGAUUGUAAUGAUGGGAGGAUCCAGGUGGAGGAGACCAUGGAAGAAGAGCUUACGGAGAUGACAGGUGACUGUGACAAUGAUGAAGAGGAAGAUGGGGAUAGGUGGGGUGGCCGAUUCUGUGUGUUCUGUUCUAAACUAGACAUCAGCGGAAGGAAGGCCAUACAUAAUCCCGAUUGCUCCUGCUAUACCUCGUCUUAUCUUUAA